AUGUGGCGCGCUUUUACGCGACUUAUAGCGAUAACAGUUGAGUCGUCGUCAUCUGCUCAAGGUGCUACACCUCACCGACUGCUGACUCAGCAAUUCCAAGCACAUUCCCAUCAGCAAAUUAAUUACCUCAGCUUACUCAACAACCGGAAAAUGUCCAGUGAAAAGCCAAAGGUUGUAUUCGUUUUGGGCGGCCCAGGGGCAGGCAAGGGCACGCAAUGUUCCAAAAUUGUGCAACGCUUCCAGUUCACACAUCUCUCAGCUGGCGAUCUUCUGCGCGAAGAACGCGCCCGUGAAGGUUCCCAGUUUGGCCAGCUCAUCGAGGAUUACAUUCGAAACGGACAAAUUGUACCUGUGGAGGUCACGUGUUCCCUGCUGGAGAAUGCCAUGAAGAACUCUGGUAAGACGCGUUUCCUCAUCGACGGAUUUCCACGUAACCAGGACAACUUGGAUGGCUGGAAUCGACAAAUGGAUGGCAAGGCGGAUAUGCAAUUUGUUUUAUUCUUCGAUUGUGCUGAAGAUGUUUGCGUGGAGCGCUGUUUGGGACGUGGCCAGAGCGGCUCUGGGAGGAGCGACGAUAACAUGGAGAGUUUGAAGAAACGAAUUCAGACGUACAACAACGACUCGCUGCCUAUCAUUAAGUUCUUUGAGCAGGCGGGCCAAGUGAAGACCAUUGACGCCAGUCCCGAUGCUGAGAAGGUCUUCGAGGAAGUGGAACGUGUCUUUUUGGCCAACGGCUUCCAGUGAAACUUAACUUAAACUAACUGUGGAUGUUCUAUUUAGCUUGAUUUAGAUGCGUGUUCCCAGCUCCCCUUUACUCUUCUUCUUAACUGAAAUAUACGCUUGUUAUCCGUAA